AUGAGUCCCGAAAAUUAUGAAAAAUUUGAUUCUGAGGGAAUGUUUACUGUGAGAAGAACCAAUAACUUCUGGUCCGGUACUUGGACCGAUAUGGUCAUCGAGCAGAAUUUAAUGAGGUCAAUCAAAACCACUGGAGGCUUAACCCAUGGACGUGGGUUCACUAAUUCUUCUUUGGCCAGAUGGAUAGCAGAUUGGCUAGAGGAAUACAACCCUUUUAAAUGCAAGGAGUUCACAUCACUGUUCUCUGGACGUAUAGCUAAACACGAUAUAAACUGCGAUUUGGCGGAUGAAAUUGGAAGAAAAUUACUCACCAACAAUGUAGGCAAAUUAUUCACAGAUAUUAAGUGCAAGCGAACAGAUCGGAUUAAGAACUUUUCACAAAUGAGUAGUAGCAUUAAAAUUAAUAGCAACUACGUGAACGUGUCUCCUAUGCAAUUAUUUAAUAGAAUUAUUUGCUCAAACAAAACUCCAGAAGAAAUAAAAGACUGUUUUAGGUUCGAAUUAUCUCCAUAUCCGCUAUCACUGUUUAAAGAUGGUGUCUUAAGAAAAGGAACAAAAAGCCUUCUCUUCAAAGAGUUUGAUGCUCUAACUACACCUACUUCGGGCACAGAGCAAAAUGCAAUGCAUAUAAUUGAUGGCGGUUUUCUCUUACAUAAAGUUUUAUGGCAGAAGCCUGCCACGUUUAACCAAAUUUGCGACCAAUAUGUUAAUUAUGUUAAACAUGUUUAUGGUCAGGACUGUGUAAUUGUUUUUGAUGGAUACAAUUCAGAUAAUUUUUCAACAAAGGAUGCUUUGCAACAGAUCAGAUCACAACAUGCUUUAGAAAUAUCAGUAAAGUUGGAGAAUACAAUUGUUACACCACAAGAAGAAUUUUUACGAAAUAAUAAUAACAAACAGAAACUGAUAGAGCUUUUAAAGUUUAGAUUUGAAAAAACAGUCUUAAAGGUAAAAGUGGCUGAAAGUGACGCAGACUAUUUAAUCGUUAGAACUGCAGUAGAACUUUCAAGUUCUGGUAGACCAAUCGUAGUUGUAUCUGAGGAUACAGAUAUUGCCGUUCUGUUGAUUCAUCAUUCAGAAUAUGAUAAAAUGUUUUUACUUCGGCCAGGAAAAGCUGCUAAAGCUGAUAAAGCAACGAACAUAUCGGAGCUUCAAGAAAAACUAGGGCAUGUUAAACAGCACAUAUUGUUUCUUCAUGCUGUAUCAGGUUGUGAUACGACCUCGUUUAUAUUCAAAAAAAGCAAAAAACUCUGUUUACAGUGGUUAAAGAAAGACAUUUCUUUAUGCGAAAGACUUCAAAUAUUUUAUCAACAAAAUUCGGAUAAGAAUCAGUUAAUAGAAGCAGGUGUACAAUUCAUUACAAAGUUAUAUAGGCCCAAGAAAAGCAAAGAAGAUAUUGACACGUUAAGAUAUACUUUGUAUAAUAGAAUAACAUCUCGUCAAGGUCUGUCUGCAAACUUUAAUUUGGCAGCGCUUCCCCCAACCAAAGAUGCUGCUGUACAACAUGUUUUGAGAGUCUAUUAUCAGGUACAAGAGUGGAUAGGAUGCAAGUUGAAUCCAUUAGCCUAUGGUUGGCAACGAGAUAGAGAGGGGCAUCUGGUUCCUACAUCCGCAACAAAAGAAAUUGCUCCUCCUGACAUAUUGAAAAUGGUUUUCUGCAACUGCAAAGAAGCGUCAUGUGGCAAAUCAUGCUCCUGCAAAAAACUAGGGUUAAGAUGUUCCUCCAAGUGUGGCCAAUGCUUAGGAAUUGAUUGCUGCAAUUCCUGCAUCAUACCUGAAAAUGACGAGGACGAAAAUGAUGUUUUCAUAUGA